AUAAUCAGUUGUGAUCUACUAGCUAAACCAUACACACCUUAUCCGAACUUUAGCAUCAUGCAGAAGCUAACCCUGGCUUGUCUCCUGGUGGCGGUGGCGGCGGCGGCGGCGCGCCCCAACGACUCCCACUACACGGACCGUUAUGACAACGUGAACCUUGACGAGCUGAUCUCCAACCGGAGGCUCCUGGUGCCGUAUGUGAAGUGCGUGCUGGACCAGGGCAAGUGCAGCCCGGACGGCAAGGAGUUGAAGGAGCACAUCCAAGAAGCGCUGGAGAACAACUGCGGCAAAUGCACGGACAAGCAGCGCGAGGGCACGCGCAAGAUGAUCGGCCACCUCAUCAACCACGAGCAGGAGUUCUGGGACCAGCUCAUCGCCAAGUACGACCCCGAGAGGAAGUACGUCAGCAAGUACGAGAAGGAACUCAAGGAGGUCAAGGCCUGAUGUUGCUGGCUGGUGUAAAGCGUAGUCUGUGAUUUUUAAAUUAUGAUUCGAUUUUAAUAAACGAUAUUUUUUGAAAA